AUGGUGAUCGAUUUAAGCGAAAGUACUCGCAAAAAAUAUACUACUUCGGGUCAAUUGAAGGUGUCAGCAUAUAUGAAUUUUGGUCUCCUGACCGUUCAUGUCGUUCAAGGAAGAAAUUUCUCAUCCAGUUGGAAGCCAUUGUGUGAUUCUUACAUAAAAAUGUCUUUGGUGCCAGAUGAAUCCAAACGUACACGAUGUAAAACAGCUUCAAUCUUAAAUACCAACAAUCCAUUGUUUGAUGAUAAAUUUUCAUUUGAGAUUUUAGAAGAAGAUCAUAAUAAAAGACUUCUGAUUUCUGUCUGGCAUAAAGAUCAAAAGAGCGGCCUCAGUGAAUUUCUUGGAUGUAUGUCUUUCGGAGUUAAACAUUUAAUGAAUCCCAAAAAAGAAGUCAAUGGAUGGUAUUACCUCCUUACAGAAGAAAUUGGCCGCAAGAAACAUUUACAAAUUACCAAAACACAGAAACCUGCCCUUAAAACCAACACUCAAUCCAACAUUCCUCAGAUUAACAAAGAUGUAAAAGGCAGUGAACCAACAACUGUAAUGAUGUACCGUGGUAAAAAUGGAUUUGGUUUCUCAGUUGUUGAAUCUUUCCCAGUAAAAGUUGGCCGAGUUGAUGGUGCUUCCCCUGCUGAAGAAGCCGGUUUAAUCCAAGGAGACACAAUUGUUAAAGUUAAUGGUCAAAACGUAUCUAGAUCUACAGCCGUGAGCGUUGCUAAACUCGUCAAACGUAGCUCCAAUAAACUAGUCCUUGAUGUUCAAAGAAUAACCGAAAAUUCCACAAAUAAUACUUACGAGAAGCCAAUCAGACACAACAACAGUCCCGAGCCAAUCUAUGAAAGCAUCAACAGCUACGCCAGUUACCCUUCCCAAGAUUUAGACUCCACAGACGGUGAUAUAUCCCGAGAAAUGAUUAGAGAUAGUGAAAUAUCUGUUGAUACUGAUAAUGCUUUCCUUGAUGAUCCUGAAGAAUUUAUGCCUACCAGCACACCUUUACCUCUUCUCUGCAAUGGCCACAGGACUGUUACCAGUGUCAAUGAACAACGUAAACAAGAAGCAGUCCAUCGUCUCCUUUCCCUGGAAUUGGAUUUCAUCGAUUUCAUGCAUGCUGGUGUCCAAAGAUAUUCCAGACCUCUUCGUCACUGCAUUCUUGCUGCCCAACAACACUCCAGCCUCUUCCAGAAUGUCGAGAAACUAGUCACCAUCUCCGAAUACCAUGUCAAACAGAUGCAAGACAACUCUCCAUCCUUCUACUCCGACGCCGACGAUACUCAAUCCAGUGAUGGUCAUUUCUUCCACGUUAUGGGUCUCAUCUACCAAUCCAAACUCCAUAUGUUAUGCCAAGCUUAUGAAAUCUAUGCCAAUGGUCUCAGCAACGCCAACGCAGUCCUAUCCGACCUCAAGAGAAAUCCAGACUUCGUUAGAUUCGUCAAAGAACCAGUCCUCACUCAAGGUGUACCCAGUAUCAGUGCUUUCAUCUACCGUCCCAUCCAACACCUCAAAGAACUCCAACAGUGCCUCCAAGAUAUCUUCAACAAUACAUCCACUGAUAGCGAAGACUUCAUUACCCUUAAGAAUGUUGUUGAAGGUCUCCAAGAAAGUGUAAACAACAUGACCAACUGCAGCACUCGAGUCCACAGCCUCAACUCUUUAUCGUCCAAAAGAAGCAAAGGUUCAGCUGGUAGUCUUGGUUCCAGUGGAAGCAGCUCCGGCUCCGGAAGCAUGAAAUACGGUUCUUCAUCCAGUGGAUCCAGCUCAUCUAACAAAGUACCCAACUCCUGUUCCAUGCAGACCGUCAGAUCUGUUGAUGCUGAAGUUAUGAAGAUCCAAGAUCGUCUGGUUUUCGAUACCAACAUCCCAGUAUUCCAACUCUGCCAGGAAGAACGUCAUCUUAUCUACCGUGGUGAUACAUUCAAAUGGGAAGGUCAACAAUGGGUUAAGAUUCAUAUGCUCCUGUUCUCCGAUGUACUCCUUCAAGUUGAAAAGGACAGAUCUGGUUUCAUGAAAGUUAUUGAAGAACCUUUGUUCCUUCGAGAAAUCUGUGGAGUUGAAGCCAACCGCAAACAUGCUACUGAAUUCUUACUUCAUACUUGUCCACGAAGCCCCUGUACCGGUCUUCCAGCACCAAGACGACUAGUUUUCUGUGCUUCAACCACCGAAGAGAAAUGCGUAUGGAAGAAUCUUUUGGAACAACGAGUCCACAAUAUCCGAGGAACCAUUACCCAAUACAGUAGCACCAGCAGUGAUAACUCCAUUUCCAGUGUUAUCGUGUAA